AUGAUACUCACACUUGCCCUCUUUCUCUCAUUAGCCACCAAUCACGCACAGGUACGCUACGUUUUAUGGAGAAUUUUGAGGCAAAAGAACACAACUCUUUUUAUCGAUAAUUUAUCAAUAGUUUCUCUAUACAUUUUUUCAGGCGAACGGUGAACUCGAGUUCGAUGACGACGAAUCGCCGACGAUUUCGACGAAGGCGUCGCCGAUGCGACGAACGUACACAAACGAGUGGGCGGUGCGGAUAGCGGGCGGAAAGACGGACGAUGCGGACCGUCUCGCCGCCAAGUACGGGUACACUAAUCUGGGUCCCGUGAGUUUUACACUACCGUUUUUAAAUGUGUCGUUUUGAGCAAAAAUAACGAGAAAUCGAUAUGGCGCGUCCGAAAAGUCUCGGAAAACGCGCAAAUCUCGCGGAUUUUGCAGUCCAAAAUCGGCAGAAAAUUGCUGGAAAUCCUGGGUGCGCACAGCUGAACGAGUGUUACCGUACACCAUAAAACUACGGUAUUUUUUGAAAAAAUUUAAAUUUCUCGAGAAUAUUUGAAAAUUUUCAAAUUUCUUGGGUAAAUUUUCAACGGUAUUUUUUGAAAAAAUUUAAAUUUCUCGACAAUAUUUGAAAUUUUUCAAAUUUCUUGGCUAAAUUUUCAACGGUAUUUUUGGAAUAAAUGUAAAUUUCUCGAGAAUAUUUGAAAUUUUUCAAAUUUCUUGGGUAAAUUUUCAACGGUAUUUUUUGAAAAAAUUUAAAUUUCUUGACAAUUUUUGAAAUUUUUCAAAUUUCUUGGGUAACCUUUCAAAAAAUACCGUAGUUUUAUGGUGUACGGUAACACUUGUUCAGCUGUGCGCACCGCGGAUUUCCCGCAAAUUUCUGCCGACUUUGGACUGCAAAAUCCGCGAGAUUUGCGGCUUUUCCGAGACUUUGGACGCGGCAACAGCAAGAAAUAGCAAGGGGCGCGGCAACAGCAAGAAAAAUUUUGCAGAUAAUACCGGGUGACGAGUUCUACUUGUUCCGCGACGAGCGCAAAAAGAAUCGAUCGGCACGGAAGGCGCGAAGUCUGUCGGCGAAUCAGUUGCAGCACGAGGAGGAGGUGAUGUGGAUGGAGCAGCAGGUGGCGAAGCGGCGGGUGAAACGCGGAUUCCGGAGGGUCCGACACACGGACGACAACGAGAUUGUCGAGGACGAGGGCGCGCAAGUGAGCAAGUCGAGGAACAGAAAACAUCCGGAUCCGAACGAUCCGUUGUGGACCGACAUGUGGUACUUGGUACGUUUUUGCGCGUUUUCAAUGUAACCCACAGAUGAACAAAGACAAUUUACGUGUUUGCCACGGCUACCAAAAGUGUAGAAAGGGGCGUGGCCUAAUCUGAGACGCGUUUUCUGAAAAUUGCCGCAAUUCCAGCACACUUUUCCGCCAUUUUUGUGUUUGAUAUCGACGAAAGAAGAGACAUUAAAGAGAGAAAACAUUGAAAUUUUCGUGAAAACGCCGCGUUUGAGACGUUUUUGGCAUAUUUCGCAAUACGCUCUCCGCGGCCAAUCGCCGCCGCAAUUUCGGAAUUUUCAUAUAAAUUUUCAUGCCGAUCUGGAUAGUUUUGAGACGAAGUGAGUGUCGGAAGUGAAUAAGCACUUUGAUACAAGUAUUUUAAGCGUUCAAACGGCAAAAAGUAUCGUCGAAUGACUGAAAUUCGCGCAUUUUCAGCACAAAACUUGAAAAUCGAUUAAAUUGAUUUUUGACAAAAUUUGGGUAAUUUUUGACGAAAAACAUGAAAAAUAAGGGGUUAAAUUUCGAAUUUCGCGCCAAAAUGGUGAUAAACCGUGCACGCUAGGCCCCACGCCCCUUUCUACGUUUUUGGUCGCCGUGCGUUUGGAAGAUGUAUCAAGCUAUUCAAAGUGUCCAACUAAAACCCCAUAUUUUCAGAACCGCGGCGAGCACUCGGACUCGUCGACGAUCCGCAUGGACCACAACGUGAAGGAGGCGUGGGACCUCGGCUACACGGGCAAAGGCGUCGUCGUGACGAUUCUGGACGACGGUCUCGAGCGGACGCAUCCGGACAUCUCGCCCAACUACGACGAGCGCGCCUCGUACGACGUCAACGAUCGCGACAACGACCCGAUGCCUCGCUACGAGUUCUCCGACGAGAACAGACACGGAACACGGUGCGCCGGAGAGGUGGCCGCCAUCUUCAACAACAGUCUGUGCAUUGUCGGCAUUGCGUACAACGCGAACAUCGGAGGCAUUCGGAUGCUCGACGGCGAUGUGACGGAUGCGGUCGAGGCGGCCUCCGUCGGCCAUAACGCUGAUUAUAUCGACAUUUAUAGGUGAGAGGGAGACUGAAACUUGUUGCAAAACGAUCUCCAACCCAAUCCUUUUUUGCAGUGCCUCGUGGGGACCGGACGACGACGGCCGAACAGUGGACGGACCGGCAAAGUUGACGCGAAGCGCCUUCGAGAAGGGCAUAACGAUGGGCCGAAAAGGGAAGGGAUCGAUAUUCGUGUGGGCGUCGGGCAACGGCGGAAAAGACGCCGACUCGUGCAACUGCGACGGCUACACCAACUCCAUCUACACGCUGUCGAUCUCGUCGGCCACCGAGAACGGCAACAUUCCGUGGUACUCGGAGGCGUGCAGCAGUACUCUCGCGACGACGUACUCGAGCGGCGCCACCGGCGAAAAGAUGAUCGUGACGACAGAUUUGCACCACGCCUGCACGAACAUGCACACGGGAACGUCUGCGUCGGCGCCCCUCGCCGCCGGAAUCGUCGCGCUCGCCCUCGAGGCCAACCCGAAUUUGACGUGGCGAGACCUGCAGCACAUUGUGAUUCGCACGGCGAAACCGAUCAAUUUGCGCGCGGGCGAUUGGACGACGAACGGAGUCGGCAGAAAUGUGUCGCACUCGUUCGGCUACGGAUUGAUGGACGCCGGCGCGAUGGUCAAACUGGCAAAGGCGUGGAAGAAGGUCGACGAGCAGCACCGCUGCCGACAAUUUUAUCCCAGCCGAUAUAAGUGAGUGUGGGGCACGGUCUGAUGAUUCAAUGGGGCGCACUUGCAACAGGCGGGCUGUGUCGACUUACGCGGCGGCGGCCGAUUAAUUAAUUUUCAACGGGAGUUCGCGCGUUCUUUCCAUGUUUUCUCUACAAUACACCUAUUUUUUGUACGCUUGGAACCUGGCGUCGAAUAAUUAGAGCACUAGCUACGUUUUGGUAACAGAAAUCUCGCAUAUCGUUGAGAAUUAGCCGAGUUAUUUCGAUUUGAACGUUUUGGCCUGGAUUUUGAUGUUUUUCGAAUAGUUUUCGAAAGUUGCUCAAGAAAACUAACCGCCGAAACCUAGAUUUUGUGAAAAAAGAUUCAGCAAACAUUUUUAUCGUUUGUUGGGCUCAUGAAAUGCAAAAUGAGCUGAAAUAUAAAGGUUUGAAGUUUUGACGAAAUGCGAAAAACACGCUAAAACAUGAAAAACUCUAAAUUCUGUAAAGAACGGUUUCCAAUCAGUAAAAUAUUGUUUUCUAGACGUUUUUCAAGUCGAAAAGAAAGAAAUAAAGAUCGUAAACUCGAAUUGAACUGCAUUUUUAGACCUGCAAAUUUUCAAAAGUUACAACGACACUCCAUAAUUUACGAGCGCACUGUGUUUAGCAUUAGCGCCCCCUGGGAGACCGUGUGGGGGGCACAAAAUGUGUUGAAAAGCAUCAUGUAUUAUUGUAUUCGAGGUGUUCAGGAACAUUCCGAACGGCAAUCGCCUGCAACUGCAACUGUACAGCGACGGAUGUUACGGUGGAGGCGAAGAGACGAAAGUGUCGUACGUGGAGCACGUGCAGGCGAUCAUCACCCUGAAGGCGCCGAAAAGAGGCGAUCUGCAAAUCUAUUUGACUUCUCCGUCGGGUUAGUUGCGAGAAUUUGCACAAGUUGGGGCAUUUUUUGCAAAAUUUUCAUUAAAAACCCCGUAAUUUUGCAGGCACCAAGUCGACGUUGCUCACAAAACGUGCGCGUGACACGUCUCGCUCGGGCUUCACCGAUUGGGCGUUCAUGACGACGCACAAUUGGGGCGAACAGGCGGCCGGUCUCUGGAUUCUGGAAAUCGAUAAUGACGGUUGGGACGGUACUUUUAUUCCGCCACUCUCCCCGGCUUUUUGACUAAUCUCGUCCGGCGUUUUCAGACGCGGAACUCGUGAAAUGGGAGCUGGUGCUGUACGGAACCGACCGGGAAACGGGCGAUUUCGGAGGGCAGCACGCGUCGCCGUUGGCGGUCCGCUCCGUUCAGAUGGAGGCGACGUCGUCGGCGGUGCCAGUCGAUCUUCUCGUCGCACUUUUAGUCUUUCUCACAAAAACUGUCGUUUAA